AUGGGUCUUUUUGGAUUCUGUCCAUCCAGAGAUGAGUUCAGUCUGGUUGUCUGUGAGAAAUGCAAUCUUUUGGUCAAGCCUCAGGCUCUCAAACAACAUAUUGGUUUGUUUUAUCUUAAAUGAUGCUAAAGAAACUGAAAUUUAAAUGACUUAAAAUUUACUUUAAUAAGUAUUUUACUAAAACUGUAUAUCAAUUAUAAGAUCUCACUAUAAGUCACUAAUUACAUUUAGUGUAUUAGUAUUAAAAGAAUUUGUUUAAUUAUAAUCAUUAGUUAUGUGAGCUUCGCAUAUAAAAAUAAAAUAAACUAUAUCUUCUUAGAAUAUCGCCAUGGUCCAACCAACCUUAGCAGUUUGGGUAAUAUUCCUGCUUCAGCACUUAAUUCAGAACUUGGUAAGAAAUUACUCAUGCCACUGCCCUCCAAGUCUUCAGCUCCGGCUCCACCUACCAAAUCAUCACACACCAGACCUGCUAGUGGAACAUUCAAACCAGUAUCCUCAGGACGGCCUCCCACAAAGGCUAGCCUGAAGCAAGUGCCUGCUUCUGUGAAAAAUGUUUCGGCACCUCGAUUAGGCGUCAGUAUGAAAAUCAGUCCAAUGAAAUCAGUGAAAUCUGGCAAUAGAAUAACACCACCAACAACAAUUGCUUCAUCUUCAGCUAUUUCAAGUCCAGUUGUAAAGGUGGAG